AUGUCUGGUAGAGUUAGAGGAUCUAGAAGUACUAAUGAUCCCAUGGAGCGCAUAGCUCAAAUGCUGGAGGCCUUAGUGCGCAAUCAAGGCAGGGAGCCAGUUGAGUACCGAGGGUUGUCUGCCUUCACUAGGCACGAUCCUCCGAAGUUUGAGGGAGGAUUCAAUCCCAAAGGAGCCCAAAGGUGGGUGGCUGAUGUAGAGAAAGUCUUUAACGCCAUGGGGUGCCGUGAGGAGCACAAGGUGACCUAUGCCACUUACUUGUUGUGUGGCAAGGCAGAAGACUGGUGGAGGUUUUCCAGUCAGACUCUGCCACAAGAAGGUGGCUACAUCCAAUGGGAGACCUUCAAGCUGAUGAAGUAUUGGCCUCACUACCAACAUGGUGAUCGAGAGGAAGAUUUGUGUUCUCAGUUUAAAAUUGGAUUGAGGCCGAACAUCCAAGCUGCAGUCAGUGUGUUUCAACUGACGGACUUGCCCACUCUGGUAAGCAAGAGUAGGAUUUUUGAAGCUAACACAAGAGGAAAGACAGUGGACACUAGGGGAGCUGGCCCAAUAGGACACGAUAGAAGACCCCCGAAGUUCUCAAAGAGGCCAGGGCCACACAUAGUGAAGGACUGCCCACAGCCAAAGAUUACUUACAACAACUAUGGGAAGUCGGGACACAUUACCAAUGAGUGCUGGGCCGCUAAGAGAAGCGGUAGUACAAGUACAACUCAGAGGCCUGAAUCGAGAGGAAUCGUGGGGCUGAGUACGGGGCAGAAGCCGAGUAUUCCUGGAAGAGUCUUUGCUAUGAGUGGGGCAGAGGCUUCGCAGUCAGAGGAGCUGAUCCGAGGUAAAUACAUUAUUAAGGGUCGAUUGCCUGACAUGCUGUUUGAUUUGGGUGCUACGCACUCGUUUAUAUCUGUGGACUGUGUGAAGAGUCUGAAUUUGUAUGUGAUGGAAUUGCAAUGUAAUAUUAUGGUGACUGCCCCUACAGGUAAGCCAGUUGUGACGUCAUGGGUGUGUUUGGGGGAGAAGACCUUGAUCUUCGGUGCAACAAUGGCAGAGGUUUCAAGGCUUAUGAGCCAGGGAACGUGGGAGAACAUGGUAAAUGCCAGGGCUUUCAUGGUUAUGUUCUCAAUAGAAGCCGAAAGUGUGGUGGAGCCGGAGUAUAUUCUUGUGCUGAGGGAUUUCUCGGAGGUUUUUCCCGAAGAUGUUUUUGAGCUACCGCCUGAAAGGAAAAUAAAGUUUGCUAUUGACCUCAUUCCAGGGGCAAAUAUGAUUUCUGUGGCACCUUAUAGGAUUGCACCAGUGGAGUUGGCGGAGGUAAAAAAACAAGUUGAAGACUUGCUACAGAAACGGUUUAUAAGACCGAGUGUGUCACCGUGGGGAGCACCAGUGCUCUUGGUGAAAAAGAAAGACAGAAACAUGAGGAUGUGUGUAGAUUACCGGCAACUGAAUAAAGUAACGGUCAAGAACAAGUAUCCUCUUCCAAGGAUUGAUGAUUCAAUGGAUCAGUUGAGGGGAGCCGCAAUGUUAUCGAAGAUCAAUUUAAGAUCGGGAUACCAUCAAAUCCAAGUGAAGAAUGAGGAUGUGCCUAAGAUAGCGUUCAGGACACGAUAUGGUCACUAUGUGUAUUUAGUGAUGCCGUUUGGGGUGACCAAUGCUCCUGCAGUGUUCAUGGACUACAUGAACAAGAUCUUCCACAAGUUUUUGGAUAAGUUUGUGGUGUUUCUAGGGCAUGUGGUGUCGAAGGAAGGAAUCAUGGUAGACCCUGUAAAAGUGAAAGCAGUGGCUGAGGCCGACGAAUGUGACUGA